AUGACUCGAUACUCUCUAACACUGAACAUCUCUUCAAUGGAAGAACCUAACAAUAAAAGUAUCUCUACAAAAAAAAGGAUUUUUCGAUGGAAACCGAAAGAGGAGUCUGGACUAUUAAAAAUAGUGAAAAGGGAAAAGGAAUGUGCCGAAAGGGAAGUCCGAAAAGUCAAUUGGAAAGUUAUUCAGAAUGAGUUUAAUACCAAGUUUAGAUCAAACAGGAAUGUUAAAUCGUUACAAGAAAAAUAUAAAGAUUACUUAAGAGAUGAAGUCUAUUUGUCAGCAUCUGAAGGAAAAAGAAGAACGUAUCCAUUUACCGAUGAACAUAUCAAGCUGAUUUUAAGUGCUAAAAUAAAGGAACUCGGAGGACGGCCAUGGAAAUUUCUGUCCGACGAAAUUAAUAACCGUCUCUCACCUUCUGCAAUAAAAUGCACUCCGAAUCAAGUAAAAAAUAAAUAUUAUACAGAAAGAGAAAAGUUAGAAAGAAUAGCAAAAGGCGUACUCAUUCAUAUGCCUACCGAAGAAUACAAGACUUCCAAUGAAAUCAUGAAUAUUGCAAACUUACUUAAUUAUGAAAAAUAA